CAGUCGAACGUCGAAGCCACAAGGGAACGAAAGCAUCAUUUGUAACAAUCGCUGGAAUUUUUAUUUGUUGAAGAUUUGCCAGAAAUCUCCAGAAGACAUUUGUUUUAAAGUCUCUCACGGCCAGAAUUUUCGCGUCAGGAAGUCAAUAAUAAUUUUCGCAAAAGCUUUGACUUCAUGAAAUAUUCUGAACCAGAUUUUAAUAAUAUUUUCGAACAACGCUCUUGCAAAUAUAUUUCUGAAAUAAACAAUCGUCCAAAGAUCAGAAAAAAAAUUCGAGUCGUCAUCGUACGUAAUCAAUCAAUUACGCGUGACGUUUUGCGAACAGUACAAAGUGUUUCCCUCGAUCGAGAUGUUUUGUCGAUUCCCAGCUCGGUUAGCAACGUCCGUAAACACGGCCACUAGGUCCUAGGGACCCCAGUGCACAUCCUCAUUAAUUCAUGAUCCAACAACCGAUGAUACCGGUGUCCAAUUUAAUUACCGCUGUCAUUCAACGAUUGAUAAGUGCAUGAUCGAUUGUAACUGUUAUGUCCCUGAGGAAUCGCAACUUGAUGGUUGAUCGAGCCCGUCGACUCCACUCGGCAACUCUCGCCACCACACGCCCGGUGUAUGACAUCGAAUUACCUCUCCGGGACGAUAUAAUAAAUGUAUUUAUGAAUCGGCGCAACAACGAUUCCGCCAGUUGGUGAAGUGAUGGUUGUAGUAGUGACGCGAUUUACCAAUUUUUUCAUCGCGAUAUAAUCGAGAUAUCGUGGAUAAAUUCGCGUAUUUCCUUUCGACCAGGGACUCGUGCAGUGAGAGAAAAAAAAUUGCUUCAAUCGAGGAUAUUCCUGGCAGAGAAAAAUAAUUUUGUUCUCAGUGCGCCGCUGGUAACUUUGAAAUUCAAGGUCUUGGGAAAAUAAAACGCACCGUAAACAAUGUAAAGCAUUCAUUAUUGCGGAGCAUUUGUUCGUAAAUUACCGUCGCAACCGUUGUCAUUCAAGACGUAACAGAGUGUUAACGUUAAAAAAUAAGAAAGCCACAUUUCUAUUUUGGCCGUGGGUGCGUCAAUGUCCUCAACGUUUGCGUGUCCUGUCGGGCCAAAUGUCGUGAGGAAGACGACUGUCAAUGAAUGAGAUUCAUAGUGAUUAUAACGAGACUAAUCGUCCUUGAGUGAUCAUUUAACGUGCCCCACAAGGCUGGAAUGAGACACGUCCAUCCACAACGGUUUUUCAUUGAGUGAUUGCCAGAGGCCAAGGUGUCUCACUAGAGGAGUGCGUGAUGUGAUUGGAGACGAUUCAGGAAAUUAAAUUUUUUGCUGAAAAAUAAUAUAUUUAUAUCUGCCAGAUAUUCUCCAAGACAUCUCCACAUGGGGUGGUUCAGCAAGUGCGUCUGCGGCGUGAAGAAUGCGAAGUCUCAUCCCAAGAAGGACAAGAAGGACAAGAAGGACUCGAGGACGAAGUCCCGGACAGCCGGGGAGAUAUACGUGAUUAAGGAUAAAAAUAACGAAGAGUCUGGAGGGAAAUAUGCAGAGGAAGAGAGACGCCAGUGGAUCGACAAUGCUGAGCAACAGCGAUUAGCUAGAGUCAGUGGUGCAGAACGUGGAACGAACGAUUGGUCAAAUCGUGAAUUAUCACAGACAGUCGAUGCCAAAAUUCCGAAUAAUCCGUCGCAGGCGACGGUCAACGAGGGAGAGUUCUACGAUUCACUAUCGGAUGCGAGCCCUCAGGGGACGUUGGAGAAAAAUACCUUGAAGAAUAACAACGUCAGUAGUAAGUCCUGGAAUAGGUCGGCCGGCUCGUCAACUAUCGAGGAUUCAACGAUACCGGGCUCGAUGGUUAAUGGAGGAUGUCGAAUUUCGAAUGAUCCGUGGGAGUCCGGGAUCAACCGGAGAGGCGGUCGAGUGGAUGAGAGCACUGGUGCAUUCGUAACGUUGAAUAAUAAUUUGUACAACGAGAGGAGGAGUGGAGAUGUCGGGAAAAAUACGGCUGCGGAUUAUUUUGAAAUGAAGGGAGUCAAUGUCAAGACAGCGGGGUUAUUUGGCUGCGGAGAAAAUGGUCUGAGGAUAGACGGAAAUGAACGGGACUUCCGGUCUGGAAUGAAUUCUUGCAGCUUUGUGAUACCAUUUCGGGGUAAUGAGGUGCCGGUGAAGGAUUGCAACAGUAGGAAAAAGAAAAUUCAGACGAUGAUUCCGAAACCAGCAGCUUCGAGGGACGUACCAAGGGCUGAUAAGGAUACGAUACGGCCACCUGAUGAUGGCCGUGUCCAUUCGGCGAUUGUCUCCGGCGUCAACUGGGAGUCGAGAAGUGUCACAGUAGAAUGGUUCGAGAAAGGGGAAACCAAGGGGAAGGAGGUGGAGAUGGACGCGAUCCUGGCUCUGAACCCCGAGCUGACGUCGAAGAGUAUGGGUCCUCCUCAAAACAACAACAUGCUGUCUACCACAAGAUCGAGGGAUUCUUCCGGUGAGGAGGAUGAUGAUCCUGAUGAUCUGGAUAACCAAGAGGAUGGCUCGUUGGGACGUCACGGUGGACAGACCACCAGAAAUGGCCUGACGUCGGCAACAUUAUCUCAUUCUACGAGGCCGUCUAUUCCAGUUAAAGCAGGUUCCAAUCGUCAGAUAAGCAGACAGACCGGAAGACCAACGAACAUAAUACCACCUGUCACCUCAGUGAAUGGUCACGAUUCAGUGUCAGGCUUGACGAGUCGUCGUGAAUUAGAAAACAUUCCCCCGACACCAACGGCACCGACAUUCUCGAACGUCACUAGCUCGUCCAUCAACAAAGCCAAGCAGAUUCAGACAGCCCAGACACAGCAAAUCCAACCCAAGCAGCAGCAGCAGCAGCCGCAGGAGCUGCAGAGUAAUCAGUCACAGGUGGAGAACGGCAGGGGAAGACGAUCCAAUGUUGUCAAGGAGGUCGAGAGACUCAAGAAAAAUCGCGAGGAGAGGAGGCAACGACAGGCGGAACUUAAGGAGGAGAAAGAGGCGCUGAUGAAUAUGGAUCCUGGAAAUCCCAACUGGGAGUUUCUAGCGAUGAUCAGGGAAUACCAGAACAGCAUAGACUUCAGGCCUCUCCGGGAAACAGAUGCAGUUGAGGACCACCAGAUAACAGUCUGCGUUCGGAAGAGACCACUGAAUCGUAAGGAAGCAAAUCGGAAGGAAGUAGAUGUCAUAAGUGUCCCGAGUAAGGAUCAAAUGGUGGUGCACGAACCAAAGUCAAAAGUCGAUCUAACAAAAUACUUGGAGAACCAAUUAUUCCGAUUUGACUACGCAUUCGAUGAGACCUGCACAAAUGAAAUCGUCUACAAGUACACGGCCAAACCCUUGGUCCAGACAAUCUUCGAGGGUGGUAUGGCGACGUGUUUUGCCUACGGCCAGACAGGAAGUGGUAAGACCCACACAAUGGGUGGUGAUUUCAACGGCAAAACCCAGGACUGCAAGAAGGGAAUUUACGCUAUGGUCGCCAAGGAUGUCUUCAAGUAUCUCAAGUCACCGAAGUACAGGGGACUUAACUUGGUGAUAUCAGCGAGCUUCUUCGAAAUUUACUCUGGCAAAGUGUUUGAUCUUCUCGCUGACAAGGAGAAACUCCGGGUCCUGGAGGAUGGUAAACAGCAGGUGCAGAUUGUUGGAUUGACUGAGAAGGUUGUGGAGACUUGUGAUGAAGUAUUGAAGCUCAUUCAGCAUGGCAACAGUGCUAGGACCAGUGGACAAACUAGUGCUAAUUCAAAUUCAUCUAGAUCCCAUGCAGUUUUUCAAAUAGUCGUGAGAAGCCCGGGUACACACAAAAUUCAUGGAAAAUUUUCACUCAUUGAUUUGGCUGGUAAUGAGAGGGGUGCUGAUACAUCAUCAGCCAACAGACAAACUCGAAUGGAGGGUGCUGAGAUCAACAAAUCUCUCUUGGCCCUGAAGGAGUGCAUUCGCGCACUGGGACGCAAGGGCGCCCACUUACCUUUCCGAGCUAGUAAGCUGACACAGGUACUCAGGGACAGUUUCAUUGGUGAAAAAUCAAGGACUUGCAUGAUUGCUAUGAUCAGUCCAGGGAUGAGCUCCUGCGAGCACUCACUCAACACAUUGAGAUACGCUGAUCGUGUCAAGGAGCUCGCAGCAACAGAUCCAACAGAAAUGAAGGCCUCACCUACUGAUGAUGAUCGAUUAUUCAAGAUCGACGAGCAGGCGAAUGACACUGUGCUCUCCGACAGUGAUUUAGCGCAGUUGAGGUCAUUGAAUGAGGGUGAAAUCUCCCAAGACCUAUACACCUUCCAUGAGGCAGUAUCAGCGUUGCAGCUGAUGGAGGAGGAAGUCCUGGAUACGCACAAACUCGUCAUAGACAACGCGACGAAAUUCCUCAAUGAUGCUCACGGUCUAUUCAGCGCAACCCACCAAGUCGAUUACGAUCAAGAAGAUUUGAGACGGAAAAGAACAAAGUUUGAGUCGCCCUUCCUGACGAGGAGGUUCUCCUUGACUAGACGUCUUAUUGAGAGAAUCCAAUUUUCAGACGCGUACGCGACAAAAUGGGCAGAAUUGUUGCUGCAGCAGCGUGACACAUUCAACGCAGCGUUGGAUCAAGUCAGUCAAUUUCGUAGUCAACUUUUCCAAGAGGAGGAGAUCAGCCAGAAGAUGAUACGCACCCGUAAUUCCCGACACAAUUAAACACAGCUUGAUUGAAUUAACCCUUGUGAAAAAAAUGAUAAAUAGAUGGAGGGAGAAAAUUAAUCGAUUUUACCACUGUCAUGUGAAUUUUUCCUGCUUGCAUAUCGAGAGGAGGUGUAGGGUUGUCCUGAAUCAUAAUUUUUAACGAACGUGAUAAAAUUUAUUAGAGCAUAGAACGAAUCAUCCAUUUCGAUCAUUACGAUCGAGAAACAUCGAUCGGACAUGACCAAUUUAUUGAAUUAAAUCUCCAGUGCUCUAGAAAAAUUAUUUGCAUUUCUCAAUGGUUUUUUUCAUCUUAUGAUAAAUGUCCAUGACAACACAAGUAUUGAGAAUUUUAACGAGUGAAUGUUAGUUCAAGUAAUCGCUAAUAUCUUCGAUACCCCAGAAUUUUUCAGAAAUACUCUUUUAAUGAUAAGUAGAGUGCUUCAAUGAUUUGUGAGAUAUUUUACAAUUUUCAAUGUCAAGUAGAUAAAAAUAUGAAAAUGGCCUGACCAAUUGGGUGGUGAGCUCUGUCACUCUGCUGUCACCACACCAAAUCAUCGUUUCUUUGUUCUGCAUUUUGAGGGAGAUUUUUUAAUGUCGAUUGAGCACUGGCUGUAACUUAUUUGAAUAAUGACGUUGAGGGGAAGAAAGAACGUUUGUAUUAAUGAAAGCUUGAAGAUGUACGAUUAUGUUUAGAUAGGACGCAGGACGUUUGAUGAGUAUGGAGAGCGUUGAUUAAAAAUGUAAGAAGAAACUCAAGAAAUUCAAGUUAUUAACACGUAACAGGUGAAAAAAUUCACGUAAAAUUCAAGUUAUUUCAUUGGGCAGUGAUAGAAUGCAUGGGAACAAUGAUUGUGAGUUCGCCGGAUGCCCAGUGCUAUUUCUCGAUAAACAAAUAGAUAGAAGUCAAAGAAAUGAGAAUAGUCAUGCCAGCAUAAUUCAUGAACUUUUUCAUCCCUGAGAGACCCGACGUGGCGGUUAUUUAUUUUAAAUUCUCAAUUAUUAUUUUGCUUUUACCAUUAACUCAUCCCUCAUCGAUCGCAUAUUUUUUCAAAGUUUUGUUUUCUUUCUACAAUUAUCAAUUCGCCCCGAUCAAGCUCCGAGUAAAUAAAGCAUAAUAGCUUCUCAAGACGUAUAACGUAACAAUAAAAAAAUUUAAAAACCAAAUAACGACUGAAUCCAGAAUGAUAACAGUGUAGAUCGUAAGGUGAUUGAAUUGAAAUUUACCUGUGGUGUGAAUAUGAAUCGUCUCAAGCAUGUUUUUUUAAAUAUUUUAUUCUGUUUAGUCGCUAGAUGUUUUUAUUAAAUUUCAUCUAAAACUGUCA